AUGGCUUCUCCCCUAUCCGACUCCGACCGUGACUGGCAAAAACCGUCUCCAUCAGUUUCAAAUCAAAGACGCAUACAAAAUCGUCCGAACCGCCCUAUAAACCAAGCAAUACAUCAACAACGACAAUCUCAACAACUUACUCAGAAUGUUUCGCAAUCGAAAACUAUGCCUACAUCAAAUACUGCAACAUUAGUACUCAUACCAACAAAUAGCACAUUUAAUCAAAAAGUUAUUAAUCUUGCGGACAAGGCUCGAGUCCGUAUAGGGCGACAGACUAAUCCAAAAACUGUGCCAACUCAGUAUAAUGGCUACUUUGAUAGCAAGGUUCUAUCAAGAGUCCAUGCGGAAAUAUGGAAUGACGGUGGAAGGCUAUUGAUUAAGGAUUUGAAAUCAAGUAACGGAACCUUUUUGAAUGACCAAAGACUUAGUCCAGAAGGCACUGAAAGUGAACCCACGGAGUUGCAACCCGGUGAUAAACUUGAAUUUGGCAUCGAUAUCGUCGGGGAUGACAACAGAACUGUGAUUCAUCAGAAAGUCUCGACAGAAGUCAAAAUUAUAUCAAGUUCCUCUAAGCGAAUGCUAACUGCCGAUGUAUCACGCCCUCAAGUCAGGAGGAACAGGCCUGACAUUGGUGGUGUGCGUCAAAGGUUGCAAAAUGAACUUACCGCGGCUUUAAAUACAAACGAUAAAAUCAUGUUUGCAAAAUCUGAAGUUAAAGAGAUUAGUAAACAAUUGUGGGAGAAGAAACGCGAGACUUUAUUUGAGCUGUCAAGAUAUGCAAGACAAAAGGAAAUAGCAGCAGCAAACAAUGGCAACAUCGAGUCACAGAAGCAUGCUGAAAACGUACGGGCGGAAGAGUCUCUUGUCACGAAAGAGGCAAAAGAAGAGCAGGCAAGAUCUGAUGACGCGAAGCAAAAUUCUGCAGAUAAGAGCGUAACAGAAGAAACUGCAAUGGCUGAGAACGUGAAUUCAUCAGUCGAACAAAAAGGCUCGCAAGAACUUGCUAGGUCGGAUUCGGUCGACACUGAUUUGGAGAACGCCCAUGCUAAAGAUACCGUUUUGAACAAACCGGCAAUAGUCAAUAAGGAGACAUACGUUUCGGAAGCAUCUCACAAGGACAAAUCGAUUGAUAUGCGUUAUCACUUGGAACAGCUUCGGGAAGUAUGCGAAAAACUUCGUGAAGAACUCAAGGCCGAGCGAGAAGUCUCUGAAGCUCUUCGUCAUGAAUUAUCUGAUAGCAAAUCAUUAAUGGCCUCACUGACCGAACGAUUUCGAAUUGAGCGGGAGAGCAUGCUGCAGCAAAUUGAAUCUUUAAAGAAAAAUGACGUCAGAUUCAAAGACCAGCAAGCAGCACAUGCUACGGUAACAUCCCCAUCGGCCGAAAAUUUGAAAGAAAUAAUAGAACACAAAAUCAAAGAAGCUCUGCAACUCGAAAGGGAGAAAAUAGAGGAGGAAAUCAGUGAACGAGAACGCCAACAAUAUCAAACAAAAUUGGAUAAUGAGAUAGAGCAAGAAAAGUUGCGAUUGGCCGAGGCAUCCCAUUCAGUGAUAGAGACGCGGGUGGCUGAACAGAUGAAUGCAUUCAAAGAAGAAUGGGCGGUGAGAGUACGAAAUCGCAAGAAUCAUAGGAAAGAUCCAUCAAAUCCUGUCAAGACCUCCGAGUCGACUGACGAGUUUAUCGAUGAUGAGAUGAUAGAGGCAACGCUAGUUGCUUCUGCGAAUGCAGUCAAAUCGCCCAUUCAUCAAGAAAAGUCAACGGGGAAUGCUGAUAACUCGACACUAUUAAAAGUCACCUUCGGGAUCGCCGUGCUUGGGCUUUGUGUAUUGUUGGUGCGUCGUUGA